AUGGAAGCCCUCCGCUCAAAGAUCCAGGCCCAGAUCCCGGAAAACAUCAAGCAGCUCCCCUCGACCUUCAAGCCAAAGCCGCCCACGCACCUCGAGAACGGCGCAGAGUCCAUCCCCGCCUUGCUCGCGCCCACCGUCGUCUCCCCGACGCUGCCCACGCCCAGCAUCGGCCACGAGGGCGCCGUCUUCACAAUCGCCUACGCGACCCCGAUCGCCAAACCGCCCCUGGCCGUCCUCGCCACCUUCAUCGACCCGUCCACCUACCCCUCCUGGAACCCCAUGUUCCCCAAGGUCACCGUCACCAAGCCCGCCACCGGGCCCGUCCCGCCGCUGCUCGCCGAGUCCACCGUCGCCAAGCACAACCCGGCCGACCUCAUGCUGCAGGGCGCCCAGGUCGCGUUCGAGGUGCACCUGACGCUGGACCCGGCGCGCGUGACGUCCAACUCGCCGUGCAUCAUCACCAAGAUCGAGGACUUCCACAAGGUGACGACCUCGUCGGCCGGCGAGGAGCACAAGGGCCGCAAGGGGUACCGCGUGGUGUGGAAGACGACGGGGUACACGCCGCCGACGUUCCUGUUCAAGGCGGAGCGCGUGCACGAGUUCCUCGAGAGCGAGGACGGCACCGGCACCGAGUACCGCCAGUACGAGACCUUCUUCGGCCCGCUGGCGCACGUCGUCAAGCUCACCAUGGUUGGGCAGCUCGAGUCCGCUUUCGCCGCGUGGAUGGACGGGCUGAAGCGGUUCGUCGAGGCUGGGGGGAACGUGGCGGCCGCCAACAACACCGAUGGCGCGACUGAUGCUGCGGCUGCCCCCGCUUCUGCUGCCGCCGCCGCUGCUACCGCUGCCUCGUGA